GAGAGAGCGAGCAGCGGAGCGGCGAGGCGCCAGAGCCGGGGAGAGAAAACCCGGGCACCCGGGGCGGUCCGGAGGAGAGCCGAGCCCGCACACGAACACUGGCUUAAAGACGGAGGGCGACGGAGGAUGGUCUCCGAGGGCCGCUCGAAGCGUUUCGGGAGCGAGACACCGUCGCGUUACGGAGCCUUUUCGCCGCCGUGAGGACUGAGCGGGGGAGAUUUCAGGUUAGCCGCGCUGGCUAACAGCUUUAGCGUUAGCUUUAGCUGCCGUGCAGGCAGGACUCCUGUAGCCAGCGGGCUAGGCUAGGCUAGGCUAAGCUAAGGUGAGGUAAGGUGAGGUAAACUCAAGCCGAGCGACCGUGUUUGGGAUUAAAAAGGAGCACAAAGGCUGUCAGCUCGAUUUUAAAGACAUUUGUGCCUCAGAAACGCACAUUUUGUGUGAAUAUUUGGCGGUUGGUGCGACUGGAGAGCGAUUUUUGUUUGUUUGCUGCGGCUGCGGGAUCUCAGCCAGAGCGCCGCAUUUCAAUCAGAGCUGCUGGAGCCCUCAGUGAGAACACCAGAGGAUCUACAGAAUACUGAAAACACCAGAGGAUCUUUGAAAUACUAAAAACACAGAGGAUUUAUAGAAUACUGAAAACACAGAGGACUGAUAAAGCAUUAAAAUAAUCAGAAGACAUCUUUGGAAUACUGAAAACACCAGAGGAUUCCCCCAAAAUUACUGCACGCACUGAGAAUUUGGACCUGUUUUUGGAAAUCUUAAACCAUACUGAAAAAAGUAGGUGAUUCAUAAAAUAUUCAAGAUUGCAGAAGAUUCACAAAGCUUUAAAACAUCAGAAGACCUUCCUGAAGUACUGAAAACACUUCCAAUUUGGAGGAUUUCCUUCAGUUUUUGGUUUUCUAAUCUCACCUUCCCACUAAACUGACCAAACUGACCCAUUUGUUCUGGAUGCUGCUUUGCUUUGCUGACCAAGUCUGGCCAGCUUAGCACAAACACACAGUUAUAACACAACUAUAACAGCUAUAACACAAACACAACAGCUGCAGAUGUAAACAGAGCAGCCUGUAGAACACAACAAACACCAGUAAACACAACUACAACACAAACACAACAGCAUUAACUUGUAAUACAGUAAUAACAUAAACAUAACUGAGGCAGCUUGUAUAGCAAACCAUAGUAAACAUACAUAUCAGACACAUCUGCAUUGACCUCCAUAGCGGAGCCGACCCCGAUCCUCAGACAGCAUGUUUUCCGUGCGGAUUGUGUGUGCGGAUUACUACAUGGCCAGCCCCCUGGCCGGCCUGGACGUGUGUUAUUCCGACUUUAGGGACAGCGAGGUGAAGAGGGUACCGGUGGUCCGGAUCUUCGGCUCCACGCCAGCAGGUCAGAAGACAUGUCUGCACCUGCACGGCGUGCUGCCGUACGUCUUUGUGCCAUAUGAUGGCUUUGGGCAGCAGCCAGAUCGCUACCUGCGCCAGGUGGCCUACAGCAUUGACCGAGCGGUCAACAUCAGCCUGGGAAACCCAGCCUCCACCGCCCAGCACAUCUACAAGAUCACCGUAGUGUCCGGCAUGCCGUUCUAUGGUUAUCAUGCUCAGGAGAAGCCCUUUAUGAAGAUCUAUCUCUACAGCCCUCAGAUGGUGAGAAGGGUGUGUGAACUGUUACAGGGUGGUGCUGUGAUGAAUAAGUGUUUUCAGCCCCAUGAAGCUCACGUCCCCUUCCUGCUUCAACUCUUCAUCGACUACAACCUGUACGGCAUGAACCUCAUCAACCUGUCGGCCGUGCGCUUCCGCAAACGCAAAUCAGAGGGUCACAGUGCGGUGGAGAGCAGAAGUCCGUGGAGAAGCUCCUGCACCUCCAAGCUCAGUGACAGUGUUCUGGGCGGAACCUUCACUCGGUGGGACGAGGAUAAUUUACCCAGUUCUCUGGUGAUGGAGGACGUGGCGAGGGUCAGUGUAUGUGAGCUGGAGGUGGACGCUGUAGCUGCAGAUGUUCUAAACCGACUGGAGAUAGAGAAUCAGAUCGGCAGGAAUCCUGGACUGCAGGGCAUCUGGGAGGAUGAGAAGCAGCGGAGGAGAGAGAGAAACCAGAGCUCCCAGAUUGAAACCCCUCACUCUCAGGAUCGGCCGUGUGUGGAGCAGGUGGAGAGCGAGCGGAUCUUCAUGAAGAGGUUUAAACAGAUGCUGAGGGAGGACAAGUUUGACGUGACUCAGAGUGGAUCUGUAGUUGAUGAUGAUGAUGAAGAUGAGUUUCCCGAACUGUCGCUCCACCCUGACGUUCUGAGCCCUGACGACCUGCCCCCUGUUCCUGCCAGUCAGGUGGAGGUGCACAAGGAUGCGCCACCAGACAAUAAAAGGUCUGGGGGGAAAGACGCAGAGGUGGCCAUCGUAGACGAAGAGGCCAUUCUGAGUUUGUUGGAGAGCAGCCAGACGUUCCUCCCCACUUCUCAAAGAUCCAGUCAGUCCGCUAUACUUGACAACAGCCAGGACCAGGCCAUGGUGGACCUGCUUGAAGGGCUCGCAGAUGAUGGCUUUCAGACAGACGUGUCUAGAACUGCGUCCGGUCGGCAGCUGUUGAGUAGCGCCAACUGCCCUUACAACAGCGACGAGGAGGAGGCAGUGCCUGAGCUUGAGAAAGAGGAGGCGGAGCUUAGCGUGUUGAUGUCGCAAAGAUGGGACAGUGAUAUUCUGGCACCCUCGACCCGAUUGAUCACAAAAGAUGCAAACGAAAGCUCCAGUGAAGAGCAGCAUGACUCAUCAGAAGAAGAGAUGGAGUGGAGCGGAAACAACGAUCUCUUUGGUGACCUGUCCAUUCCCCAGUUGGACGGGGCUGCAGAUGAGAACAGCGAUUCGUCACUAACUGACAAAGGUUCCCGAGCUCACUCUUCUCUUACGGCAAAUGACAAGAUCUUGGGAAGGAAAAACCACUUCCAGAGUGAAUCCGUUCACCUGGAGCCUCCAUCAUCUGCCAAAGUUCUUCUUGAGUGCAAACACCCUGAGCACAGACAGUCCCUCUCACUUGAUAAGGAGGAAUCAGCUGACAAGAACUUUCCUGCUGAAGUUCAAGAAGGCAAUGAACAGUUAACUGGGUUGAAAGUGAAUAAAGAGAUCCCUUACAUCCCGCCAGUCAAGCACCCCAUCCCAUGCAAUAUACCAAAUGUGUCCCAGGUUGGUGCUGACAAAGCAGACGAGCACCUACUUUUUAAUAGUGAGAACAAAACAACUGUCCUGAAUCAACCAGAUCUGGAUGUUUUGGCCUUUGGAAACUCAAAGCUAUCUCAGAGUAGGAAGAAAUACAGCAGCAUCAAAAAUGCUGAGAAGAAUCACAUAUCCGUCUUGCACAAUCACAAGAGCAUUUCACUGAGCUUUUCUGAGCUUAGAAACUGUCCUUCCAAUGCCGAACUGGAUCAGACUCAGAAGGACGGCAGAAGCUCUGCGGUAAGGAGUUUUGAGCAAGUACCAAGCCCCAUGGAGGACAUUGAGCCUUUGGCACCUCAGGAAGGUGAACUAGGCCAGGGCAACGAGGAGGAUGAUGUCGGGGAGCUUAAGAUCCGAUAUGAGGAUUACCAGGAAAAUAAAACAGAAAGGACUAUAGUUGCCCAACAAGAAGCGCACUACAAGUUCUUCCCCAGUGUUAUUCUCUCAAACUGCCUCUCAAGGCCUGUGAAAAAGCAGAUUGGAAGUAAGACUGUUGAUGGCUGUUGUAGCUUGGAUCAUCCAGAGCAACGAAGGUCAAGGCUGAAGCUGAACAAGAAAAGGAGCAGUCCAGCAAGUCAAAAGCGGGCAAGUCAAACGGAAAGCCCCCAAAGCCCCAAAAGUGAAGAUGUCACAGGGUCUACUACAGGCUUACCAGACACAAACAAGGAAACUGAUGAGAAAGUUGAGAUGCAAAACCCAACCCUUGCAAAGUCUGAUCCAGCUGUGGACAAAGGUUCAGAUGAAUGUUCUAUUGAGGACAGGCUAGCAGAUCUUCCUGCCAAAAUAGCUUGCACCAGUGUAUCCAGUUUACCAGGUAGCAAGUAUACCUUACGUACAAAACGUAAAGCUAUGAGUUAUGACAAUGAGGAUGGUGAUCACUCAAGUUCCCGUUCCUUCAAACAAGCCCUGGUACGCCGAGAUAGCCUUAAAGAAAAUGGUGUCCUCACUGGAAGUCAGAAAAAGAGGAAGCUGUCAAAAAAAGAGCCGCCGAUUAUCAUCAAAUACAUCAUAAUCAACAGGUUUAAAGGGCAGAAGAAUAUGUUGGUGAAGAUGGCCAAGGUCAGAGCAGAUGAGCCAUAUGUGUUGCUGACACAAGAGAAGCUUGACCAGUAUAACAAACUUGCCCCUCUGAAAAGUUUCUGGCCCAAGGUUCCAGAGUCACCAGCUGUCAAGUACCCUCUUCCAGAGCCAAAGGUAAAGAAACACCCCAAACGGAAGGCCAAGGUUACGCCGCCAUCAGGGAAAGUCAGUAGUUCCUCAAAACCGAAGUCUGUACAAGGCAGUAAGAUCAGAAGGACUAAGGUUAAAACAGAAGCAUCCUUACCAAAACUGCCUGUUCCUUGGCCAUGCUACAGUGACCGCACAGAUGACUUCUGCAGGGAGUAUUCAGACGUAAUGGUGGAGUUGGGUUAUCUCUCUGAGAGGGCACCCAGUCCAGCUGAUUCAACCCCACCUCGAUGCUGGUCUCCUACUGACCCUCUUUUAGAGUCAAAUGUUAAUGAUCACUUGAUAAACCCAUAUAGUGAUCCUUGUCUUGGCUUGCCAUAUGAAGGUCUGUCCACAAACCUUUAUGGAAGAGGCAUUCGUAACCGAAACAAGACAUCCAGAUCAAAGAAGACAUCUGAUGUAAGCCCAAAAAGAAAAACUAAAACCACUCGUAAGCCAGCUGGCAGGGAUUCUACAGUGAGUGGGGACAUGCCAACAAAAAACACAUGCAGAACUUCAAGAAGACCAAAGAAAGACACUGAUAGUAGAGAAGGAACUGAUGUUGGCAGUACUUCUCAGAAGAGAAGGAGAUCGCGCAAAAAGAAGCAGGUUGAGGGAUCAGAGAACUCCUCUGCAAUAGCAGAGUCACAGAGUGGUUCACAGUCUUUACACCCAGCUGAUAACCUUCCACCCACACAGACCUCAUCUGAUGAUUUGACUCCCUACCAACGUCCAGAUUCCCACCAGAAGAAUCUUCAGCUUAGCAUUUCAAGUUCACAAGCACUACCAUCAGCUAUUGAACCAAAGUCAGAAGAGUGUGAAUCUAACAUUGGGGAUGUAUUUGGCUUCAGUGUGCCUGCUUCAAACGAGCAAGAUCCUUUUGUUGUAAAAUCUCUAAACAGUGUUCUCUCCCCAGCGGCAAAGACUACUGGACAACCAUGCUCAGUCAUAACAUAUAGUAGGUCUAGUUCAAGGUCAGAGAGUGUAAGUCAAGAUGGAAACAUUUCCCCUAAUCCUUAUGAAUUUAAGUCUGAGCCUUCAGGCGCAGAACAGAGCCCUAAAGCUAUUCAACUUUCCCAAAUAGCACCAAAGACAUCUGGCAAACCCAGGCGACGGGCACCCAAGAAGAAAGAAAUGGGAGAAAAAGCAGCGUUAAAUUCUCCUGAGUCUACGAUGUCAAUGAAUAUUACAACAGAUGGACCUCAAAAAGAUCUUGCUGAACUCUAUUCACAGCCAAAAAAUGGAGAGAUGCUGCCUCACCCGGAGAUGCCUCCUGGACUUGCUGUCCUGAAGGAACUUCUCCAAAAGAGACAAUUAAAGGGUGGAGACGCUGGUGUACCAGAGAGUGUAUCUGCCACUAAGCAAGCUUCUGAUGUUGCCAAACCUAGAAGGGUUCCCUCAUCUACAACAAGGAAGCCCAGGGUCCCGAGAACUAAGGUGCCAAAUGAGCCAAAACCACGAAACAGAAAAGGACAGAACGCUAAACCGGAUAAUCCUGUGAAACUGGAACCUCCUCUUUCAGAUGGGAGCCCUGGGUUUUUGUCUGAUCCUGGUUUUGACAGCUGUUACUCCAUUGAAGAUAGCUUAUCUCCUGAGGUUCCUCAUAAUUACAGCUUUGAUAUCAAUGCAGUUGGCCAGGCUGACUUCUCUGGUCUGUAUUCCAGUACCCGAUUUGUUUUAACUGACAAGAAUUUGCCUCAGAAGUUCCUCAGUGAUGUCAAGCAGGAGGCCAUAUCUUCGGAUUUGGAAAACUUGCAUGAAAAGGUGCUAGACACUAGGCAGAACUGCUUGCAUGAAUCGGCAUGGCAGAAACCCAGGUCUCUUAGCCCCGAACUAUUUGAUAAAUCCUCUGGUGGGAAUGGGGAAGGGUUUCCCAACGAGUUCUCGCUGUCUCUGCUGGACUCUGAGAAGAUUUUAAGAGGCAAAGAGUGGGGAGUCUCAUUGGGUAAAAUGCAUGGCAGUCACUUUCAAGACUUUCACUGUGAAAAGAGUGACCUGUUAUAUGGCCCUGAUCCCUUUUUACCCCUCACCUCAGUCUCUUUUGCUGACAAUGGCGUGUCCCCAACCGGAGACCUGCUGGAUGGAAACGAUGCAUUUACGUCAACAACUCCCAGCAGUUCCCCGCGGUCUAUAAGCUCUCUGUCACAGCUGAGAAGCGGCAGUCAGGCUCAGAAGAGCGCAGGAGCUCACAUCCUUAAACCCCUGAUGUCCCCUCCCAAUCGCGAGGAGAUUCUUACGACAUUGCUUGAGUUGGACCUUUCGGAGGCCACCUACCAGGAACCUUUCUGCAGUGACCCUUCUGAUGUACCUUUUAAGCCAAGAGAGAUUGGUGGACGCAAGCUAGUGGUGGAAACAAGGCUGGCAAAAGAUCUGACAGAGUUCAGUAGCGAAUUAUCUCAAGAGGGUCUGCAGUUCUGGAAAACUGCGUUCUCUGCCAUGACUUGUCCUGGAUCAUUGCAUUAUCGGGGUGCUGACUUGUCAAAAUUCACCAAAGACCAGAAGGACCGCAGUCCGUCCCCCACCAACGAUCCGAAAGUAAUAAUGCUUCCCUGCAAAAGUGCUCCAAGCCGAGAACGGGUACAGCUUUGGCUCCAUGCUAAGAGACAGUAUGAGUGCCUUCAGCAGGAGCGGAAAAGAACCGGUGCAAAUAAUAUGAAGUUGGUGAUAUUAGACCAGGGCAAAUCUCAGCAAGCUAACAUAGAGAGUGCUACAUCUGACAAGAGCCCAAAGUACAUGAGUUGUGUCAAGGAUGCUGAAAACAAAGGACAAGAAGAGGGAGAGGGGGACUCCCUCAAACAAACUCCUUCUCCAGACUCACCUGACCUGCCACCAUGGCAGCAAACUACAGAUCAGAGUUUUGGUCCAGAUGAUGACAGGCAGGAACUGGCUGCUGGAUCGGAAUCUCCCAGGCUGGGUGGAUCCAUCAACCCUUCCUGUGAGUCACCGGACAGUAUUAAGCCAAAGCAGUUCCUCAGUCCCUCUCCGUUUCCCAUGAAAGCUCAGGAUGGAGACAGCCUCAGCCCCUGCAUCCUCCACAGCACUCCGGUCAUCAGCAGGAGGAAGAGCAGAGGGGAUCCCGAGGUAGACUACAGCCCUCCUGGAACAGAAGAAGUGGAGCCCAAAUCUAGGAGAGCACAACAGAGGAGGAACAGCAACACAGAUGCGUUACGGCGAGUGCUGCUGACCACACAGAUGAAGAAUCAGUUCACAAGUCUGAAUGUACCCAAGAGGGACAGCUCUCAGAUCGAGGGUCCGUCUGUCUGUAACUCGUAUGGAUUUAAAGUCAGCAUGCAGAACCUGCAGGAGGCUAAAGCUCUGCAUGAGGUCCAGCACCUGACGUUGAUGAGCAUGGAGCUGCAUGCGCGGACUCGGCGGGACCUGGAGCCUGACCCUGAGUUUGACCCUGUAUGUGCCUUAUUCUACUGCCUGAGUUCCGACAGCACGCUGCCCGACUCCGACAGCAAACAGAUCACAGGAGCCGUCAUCAUAGACCCAGACUGCCACUCUGCAGGACAAGGCUCGAGGAGCACAGCGCCCCUGCUGGUCAGGUCUGGUGUUGCAGGGCUGCAGGUCAGCUACACUGCGGAUGAGAAGGAGCUCUUUGAAGAGGUCUGCAACAUCAUGAGGAAAUAUGACCCGGACAUCCUGGUGGGCUAUGAGGUGCAGAUGCAUUCGUGGGGUUACCUUCUGCAACGGGCGGCAGCGCUGGGGCUGGAUGUCUGCCAACAGCUGUCCCGAGUGCCAGGAGAUGCGAAGGAGAACCGCUUCGCUGCAGAGAAGGAUGAAUACGGCGCUGACACCAUGUCGGAGAUACACAUCGUCGGGCGCAUCAUCAUCAAUCUGUGGAGAGUCAUGAAGACGGAGGCUGCGUUGAAUAACUACAGCUUUGAGAAUGUGGCGUUUCAUCUGCUGCACCAGCGCUUCCCUCUGUACACCCCACGCACACUCUGUGACUGGUUCGACCACAAAACACACCUGUACAGGUGGAAGGUGGUGGAUCACUAUGUCAGUAGAGUGUGUGGAGUGAUUCAGCUCAUGCAGCAGCAGGACAUCGUGGGACGAACCAGUGAGUUUGCACGAGUUUUUGGAAUCCAGUUCUACCACGUACUGACCAGAGGAUCUCAGUACCGCGUGGAGUCGAUGAUGUUGCGCGUCGCUAAGCCGAUGAACUACAUCCCUGUCACUCCGAGCACGCAGCAACGUACCCAGCAGAGGGCGCCACAGUGCAUCCCGCUGGUCAUGGAGCCCGAGUCGCGUUUCUAUAGUAACUCUGUGGUGGUGCUGGACUUCCAGUCUCUGUAUCCCUCCAUCGUCAUCGCAUACAACUACUGCUACUCCACCUGCCUCGGACACGUGGACAGCCUCGGAACGUCAGAUGAGUUUCGGUUCGGUUGUACGUCUCUGCGCGUUUCCCCUGAUCUUCUCUAUCAGCUCCGCAAUGACAUCACAGUGUCUCCUAACGGAGUCGCCUAUGUUAAGGCGUCGGUGCGUAAGGGCGUGCUGCCGCGGAUGCUGGAGGAGAUCCUGCAGACCCGUCUGAUGGUGAAGGGAGCGAUGAAGUCGUAUCGUGACGAUAAGGCUCUGCACCGGCUGCUGAACGCUCGACAGCUCGGCCUCAAGCUCAUCGCCAACGUCACCUUCGGAUACACCUCCGCUAACUUCACCGGCCGCAUGCCCAGCGUGGAGGUGGGGGACAGUAUCGUCCACAAAGCGAGAGAGACGCUGGAGAGGGCGAUCAAACUGGUGAAUGAAACCAAGAAGUGGGGAGCGCGAGUGGUUUACGGAGACACAGACAGUAUGUUCGUGCUGUUGAAGGGAGCGACUAAAGAGCAGGCGUUUAAAAUCGGUCAUGAAAUCGCUGAAGCUGUAACAGCCACCAACCCCAAACCAGUCAAGCUCAAGUUCGAGAAGGUGUAUCUCCCGUGUGUGUUACAGACUAAGAAGCGCUAUGUGGGUUAUAUGUACGAGUCUAUGGAUCAGAAGGAUCCUGUGUUUGACGCUAAAGGCAUCGAGACAGUGAGGAGAGACGGCUGCCCCGCUGUUUCCAAGAUCCUGGAGCGCUCGGUGAAGCUGCUGUUUGAGUCUCGGGACAUCAGCCUGGUGAAGCAGUACGUGCAGCGGCAGUGCGUGAAGGUUCUGGAGGCUAAAGCGAGUCUGCAGGAUCUGACCUUCGCCAAAGAAUACAGAGGCAGCGCCUCCUACAGGCCGGGAGCCUGCAUACCAGCACUGGAGCUGACCAGGAGGAUGAUGUCGUAUGAUCGGCGUUUGGAGCCUCGUGUUGGAGAACGUGUUCCGUACGUGAUAGUCUACGGUACUCCGGGGGUUCCUCUGAUCCAGCUGGUGCGGCGCCCCCUGGAGGUCCUGCAGGACCCCAACCUGCGGCUGAACGCCACCUAUUACAUCACCAAACAGAUCCUGCCCCCCCUCGCCCGCAUAUUCAACCUGAUCGGGGUGGACGUGUUCAGCUGGUACCAGGAGCUGCCGCGGGUCCAGAAGUCCUCCUGUCCCGUGGGGGGCGCUGCCGGAGAGGAGGUGGGACGGAAAGGCACCAUCUCUCAGUACUUCACCACGCUGCACUGCCCGGUGUGUGAUGAGCUCACUCAGCUGGGGGUGUGCGAGCGGUGUCGGGCGGAACCUCAGCGCGUGGCCAUCACGCUGCAGCAGAACCUCAGACUGUGGGAGAGCCAGCAGGACCAGCUGCUGAAGAUCUGUCGGGCGUGCAGUGGCAGUGUAGAACGUCAGGUUCCGUGUGUUUCUCUAGACUGUCCGGUUCUCUAUAAGGUGACCCGGAUCAACCGGCAGCUCUCCAGAGCUCCAUAUCUACGCCAGCUUCUGGAGCAGUUCUGA